AUGUCGCGAGGUGCAACCUUGGUGCGCUUGAAUGCGCGUGCUUCUCCUCUCGUCCUCGCGCCCGCCCUCGCGCCCGCUCUCGCUCCCGCCCUCGCACGCGCAUUCAGCAACACAAGCUCUGCGCACGCCGCAGCUUUCGAUACGCACGCGCUGACUACGCGUUUGGAAGCUACGGGUCUAUCGCCUCAACAAGCCGAUGUGCUGGUUGUGGCUUUGAAGGAUGCGGUGGAUGAGAGCAUUACGGGAUUGGAGAGCGGAUUGAUAAGGAGGGAAGAGGCGGAGAGGUGGAGGUACAGCCAAAAGGUCGACUUUGCACGCUUGAAAUCGGACAUUCAAUUGUUGGAGAGGAAUGAGUUCGCAUUGAUGAAGGGAGAGAAUGAGAGGUUGAUGGCGGAAGUGGAGAGGCUAAAGCAGCGGCUCAGGGAAGAGAUUACGCGCACCACUGCCGGUGUACGUUUGGAUUUGUCCCUCGAAAAGGGCCGACUCAGGGACGAAUCGUCGGUGCAUGCGCUCAAGAUCAAAGAGGUGGACACGAGGAUAGAGAGCGAAAUCGCUACGCUUCGAACGGGUAUUCAGAGCGCCAAGUUUAAUGUUUUGCAGACGCUCACCGGUGUGGCUACCGGUGCGGGUGCCUUGCUACUCGCGUACAUUCGUCUCAUGCGUUGA